GACGCGAGGACGAGGACGAGGACGGAGACGCGCGCGGGACGAAGCGCGGGACGAAGCGCGGGACGCGGGACGCGCGACGGGACGCGCGACGCGGCGACGGCGACGCGCGACGCGCGGACGACGGCGACGAUCGCGUCGACGACGCGCGAGCGAGGGAUGUGGGUCGACGCCGUGGAGCGCGUCGUCGCCGCGGACGCGGAGGACGACGCGGAGGGUGUUGAGACGACGGCGGCGACGCGAGGACGAUGGAUCCCGACCAAGGCGCGGGUGGGGGGAGAUUUCGACGUCGGCGAAGAGAGCGACGAUGCGGAGCGCGAGGACGCGGAGGCGUCGUCCGACGCCGACGACGCGUACGAAGCGAACGCCACGCUUCGCGCGUUGGACGACGAGGUUUGGAUUGAAAAUUACGGGCAAGCCAAGCGCAGGAGGGCGCGCGCAAAGUUUCUGCGCGCGCACGGCGUCGAUCCGAAGACGACGUCGGGCACGGCAGCCUUCGCCGCGCUCGGGGCGACGCGAGAUGACUGCCCGGCGGCGUAUUUCGCCCCGAAAGUGGGCGCGGCGAGCCUCGGCGGGCCCGGCGCGAGCGAGUUACCCGAGCACUUUGCAAAGUUUUCCGUGCACGCCACGAAAUUGGCGGCGUUGGCGGAUCAGAUUUACAUCUUGUGCACCGAGUGUUCUUUAGGCAUCCCCGAGGAUUGGCGGGCGAAGACGUCCUUCGUGCACGGGUUUAGAAUCGACGAGUGUCUCAAGACGCAGGGAAUCGACCACUGGCACAAGGCGUCGUUUUCGCACGCCCACGCGUUGAUGGAUGCUCAAAAGAAGCAGCACAAGACGGUCGCCAUCAUCGAAGAAGACGUGAUCACGCGAGAUUUCGCGGACGGCGGCGUCGGGUGGCGCAUGCUGUUGGACAAUCUGGGGCACGUUCGCGAUACGAUGCGUUUGGAGAAGGAUUGGCGCACGAUUCGCGUCGGCUAUCGCGCCAUGUUCAUCGAUAGAUCGAUCGAGAGCGUCAGCAAGCUCGAAGGCAAGGAGACGUGUCCGAAGGAUUGUCGCUGCGAGAAGAAGAACGCCUUCACGUGCAUCAUGCGCCAAUCCGGGUGCGAUAUGCGUUCGAGCGAUUUCUACCUCGUUCGCGAAGCCGCGUACCAGCCCAUCAUCGACAAAAUCUACGAAGGCUACACCGUCGAUUGCGAAGCGUUGCGCGAGGUGCCGAAUCAAAUCUACAUCACCCCGCAGCUUUCGUUUCAAGGCACGCUGGAUUUAAAGCUCCAAACCCAAAUCCAAAUGGGCGAAGAGUUUAUGCAAAAGUGCGCCGUCGGCGCCACGGCGUGACGCGCGCCGUCGACUUUCGCGCGACUGGCGCGGCGCAUCCUAGGUAGAUAGAGCGCGUGGAGCGCAUUCAUCUGCGCGACACGUCGACGACGUCGACGCGCGCGU